GGCUAAAAUCCCUAGCGUCACCGCCUUGUUUUUGACAUUUGUUUGACAUUUCGCUAACCAACAAACCAAACAUUAUUAAUUUUCUAAAAAAACGAUGAAAUAACACGUCAUCAUCAAUUAAUAACUUACAUCCGGGCCGAAGGAAACUGAUAUCAAAAUGGCCCGUCCUCUCGCCCCCAGCGAGCGAAAAAUCGCCGAAAAACUGAUUAUUCUUAACGAUAGAGGCAUUGGUAUGCUCACCCGUAUAUACAACAUCAAAAAAGCCUGCGGAGACGCCAAAUCAAAACCGGGGUUUCUCUCAGACAAAAAUUUGGAAUCUUCGAUUAAAAGCAUCGUGCGCCGGUUUCCGAACGUCGACAGUAAGAAUUUAACGGCAAUUCAAGGCCUCAGGAAUGAAAUAAUCAAAUCCUUGUCACUCUAUUACUAUACCUUUGUCGAUUUGCUUGACUUCAAAGACCACGUUUGUGAGUUAUUAACCUGCAUGGGGGCCUUCCAAAUCGAGUUAGACAUUUCGGUGAACUUUGAACUCACCAAACACUACCUUGAUUUAGUCACGACCUACGUGUCGUUGAUGGUGUUGUUGUCUCGUGUUGAGGACCGGAAGGCCGUUUUGGGGCUGUUUAAUGCGGCUUAUGAGAUCGUACAUUCAUCUCCAGAUUCGAGUUUCCCGCGGUUGGGCAAUAUGAUAAUGGAGUAUGAAAUUCCGUUUAAAAAACUAUGUGAGGAGUUUGUCCCCCACACGAAGCUACUUUUAAGCGCCUUAAACUCGCUUUCGUCCAUUUACACCCUCAGGAAUGUCUCAGCCGAUAAAUGGCGCUCGGAAUUGAAAUUGAGUCUCGUUGGCAACCCUGCUUCGCUCCUAAAACCGGUCAUGGCCGACCGGAUGUCUUGCGAGUACUUAUCACUCGACACGAUGGAGCGUUGGAUUGUCUUUGGUUUGCUAUUAAUUCACCCAAAUUUGCAACACGACCACUUGAAUAAAUUAUGGAUAAACGCGCUUGAAUCGUCUUGGGUCUUGCCGUUAUUCCGGGACGAAGUUAUCUACACCCAUCAAUAUAUUUGUGGUUAUUUUGAUACCAUCAAGGGUUAUAGUAAAAGAGUGUCGGAAGUUAAAGAUUGCCACAGUCAAGCGAUCCAGAAGGCUGGGUAUAGGCACCGUGAACGCAGGAAGUUCCUAAGGACGGCUCUUAAAGAGUUGGGAUUGAUUUUAAUGGACCAGCCUGGUCUUUUAGGGCCGAAGGCUCUAAUGGUUUUCAUGGGUUUGUGUUACGCGAGGGAUGAGGUUUUAUGGUUGUUGCGACACAAUGACAACCCGCCACAACAAAAAAAUAAGGGCAAAUCCACCGAGGAUUUGGUUGAUAGACACCUACCAGAACUGCUCUUCCAUAUGGAGGAUUUAAGAGUCUUGGUGCGAAAGUAUAGCCAAGUCAUGCAAAGAUAUUACGUUCAAUACUUAUCACAUUUCGAUGCUCUUGUCUUGAAAGACAUGAUACAGAAAAAUUUGGGUUCGGUGGGUGAAGACGAGUGUAUCAUUUUAUCCUCUUUGUGUAACACCAUAUCCGGUCUUUCGGUCAAACAAGUCGAAGAUAACGAAACGUUCAAUUUCUUCGCUUUUCGCUUGGAUUGGUUUCGCUUGCAGGCGUACAUGUCGACGGGUAACGCCGUCUUGAGGAUCAUGGAGAAUCGGGAGUUGGCCCAGUUUUUGGACAAUGUGCAAUUUCACUCUAAAAUGGUCGACAACUUGGAUGAGAUGUUAGUCGAGACUUCUGAUUUGUCGAUUUUCUGUUUUUACAACCGGAUUUUCGAGGACCAGUUCCACAUGUGUUUGGAGUUUCCGGCUCAGAAUCGCUUCAUUGUCGCUUUUCCCUCGAUUUGUUCCCACUUCCAACACUGCACUCACGAGUUGUGUCCGGAGGAGCGUCACCACAUCCGCGAGAGGAGCCUCUCAGUGGUCAACGUCUUCUUGGAUGAGAUGGCAAAAGAAGCGAAGAAUAUUAUUACGGCUAUUUGCGACGCCCAGUGUAAAAUGAGCGAUAAACUCCUACCGAAAAACUGUGCCCACUUAAUUUCGCAACAAAUGAACCGGAAGAAGAAAGAGAAGAAUAAGAAGAAUACCAUCGAGAUUGAGAAGCCAGGCAAGGAGAGUUAUAGAAAGACACGGGAGAAUUUGACGACUAUGGAUAAAUUACACAUGGCGUUGACUGAGCUCUGCUACGCUAUUAACUAUUUUUCGAAUAUAAAUGUUUGGGAGUAUACUUUCGCCCCUAGGGAGUACUUGCACCAACAUUUGGAGAAUCGUUUUGCGCGGGCUUUGGUCGGCAUGGUCAUGUACAACGCUGAUACGAACGAAAUCGCUAAACCUUCCGAGCUUUUGGUUAGCGUUCGUGCAUACAUGAAUGUCCUUCAAACCGUUGAAAACUACGUCCAUAUUGACAUAACCCGAGUGUUUAACAAUUGUCUCUUGCAACAGACCCAACCUAUGGACAGUCACGGCGAGAAAACAAUCGCUGCGAUUUACACCCAAUGGUAUUCCGAGGUGUUGCUCCGACGUGUCAGUGCUGGCAACAUAAUCUUCUCGAUGAAUCAACGCUCGUUCGUUUGUCUCACUGCCGAGGCGGCCAUUCCCUUCAAUCCUGAGGAAUACUCAGACGUUAACGAGCUCAGAGCCCUCGCCGAGCUGAUCGGUCCCUACGGCAUGAAACAAUUGAGUGAGACGUUGAUGUGGCACAUCGCCAGUCAAGUCAUCGAGUUGAAAAAACUAGCCGAGGCCAAUAAAGAGGUUCUUUUGUUGCUCCGGACCAAUUUCGACAAACCCGAAGUGAUGAAAGAACAGUUCAAGAAACUGACAAGUGUUGAGAAUGUCCUCCAACGGAUGACAAUCGUUGGAGUGAUACUGAGUUUCCGCCAGUUGGCUCAAUCGUGUCUCACGGACGUUCUUGAGCAGAGAAUCCCGUUCCUCCUGAGCUCGAUUCUUGACUUCCGCCACCACUUGCCAAGCGGUGAUCCGUUGAAGGUCGUGAGUGAGAUGUGCUCAGCCGCGGGGAUUCCGUGUAAAGUGGACCCGACACUGGUCAACGCUCUCAAGUUGCAAAAACCGGAAGUGGAGAGUGAUGAGCACUUGAUCACGUGUCUACUGAUGGUGUUUGUAGCGGUGUCGAUUCCGAAGUUGGCCAAGCAAGAACAGUCGUUUUAUAGAGCGUCCCUGGAGGGGCAUACGAAUAAUAUUCAUUGUAUGGCCUUGGCGGUGAAUCAUAUUUUCGGGGCGUUGUUCACGAUUUGUAAUCAGGGGGAUAUGGAGGACCGGAUGAAGGAGUUUCUAGCGUUGGCCUCUUCGAGUUUGCUCAGAUUGGGACAGGAGGCUGAUAAGGAAGCGACGAAAAAUAGAGAGAGUGUGUAUUUGUUGUUGGAUCAAAUCGUGCAAGAGUCGCCGUUUCUGACAAUGGAUUUGCUAGAGUCCUGCUUCCCCUAUGCACUGAUCAGGAAUGCCUAUCACGCGGUGUAUAAACAAGAGCAAUUGUUGGCCUAGAUUCAGUGCCAAUUCCAGUUAGGUUAAGUAUUUAUUUCACUACAAAUGUCUAUGAAGAUACAACAAUCGUAACGCAAUUCAUGUUUAAGAUUAUUUAAGUACCUUAUGUUUAAUUACAGCGCAUUUAUAUGUUACAUGUAUUGUAAUUUUUUAUAUCAAA